AUGAAAAUGGGAUCAAUUCUUCAGGCUGUUUUGCACGCAUCAAUUCUCUUGGUGAUGGUCCUCCUGAUCAUUCAUAGUGCCCAAGGUUUCCAGUUCAACUGCUUAUGCGACUCUGACUCGUUCGAGGCUACUGACGUCCGAAAUGAGUGCGUGUUUGACCUCUUAGACACCUUGUCUGGGUCGAUAGCCAACCCUCCCAACGGCGGUGACUUUUACCACCAAAAGGAUUGCUAUGGCUGGCCUGUCUACGGUCACAGGUGGGUGGAUCUGACGAAACCUUCAGCGGCUGACUGUCUUGUUCAAGCUAAAAAUUAUAUCAAGGAGACUUGCAAGCACAGGAAAGGUGCUGAUGUAUCUACCGGUACUACUUGUCGCAUGAGGUUUGAGCUUUAUGAUUUCCAUUAUUAG